UUAAAAAAGAGCCACUGGUCUCAAUGCGGAUCGGGCUAUGACAGCCUCCGUGCUCCUCCAUCCCCGCUGGAUCGAGCCCGUCAUGUUCCUCUACGACAACAGCCUGGAGGAGAUCAACAAGAACAUGGAAGCCGGCUUCCACGCGGCGGCGGCGGCCAGCAACUUCGCGGCGGCCAACCAGUGCCGGAACCUGAUGGGCCCCCUGGCCGCCCCCGGCAGCGCCGCCGCCGCCUACGCCUCCUCCAACGAGGCGCCCUCCGCCGCGGGCAUGGCCGAGCCCGGGCCGGCCGUCAAGCAGUGCAGCCCCUGCUCGGCCGCCGUGCAGAGCCCCUCGGGCCCCGCCGCCCUGCCCUACGGCUACUUCGGCAGCGGCUACUACCCGUGCCGCAUGAGCCACCACAACGCCGCCCUCAAGUCCUGCGCCCAGCCGGCCGCCGCCGCCGCCUCCUUCGCCGACAAGUACAUGGACACCUCGGCCGCCGCCGCCGCCGCCGCCGCCGCCGCCCACGGCGAAGACUUCACCUCCCGCGCCAAGGAGUUCGCCUUCUACCAGGGCUACGCCGCAGGACCCUACCAGCCCGUGCCGGGCUACCUGGACAUGCCCGUCGUGCCCACCAUCGGCGGCCCCGGCGAGCCCCGGCACGAGUCCAUGCUGCCCAUGGAAGGCUACCAGCCCUGGGCCAUCACCAACGGCUGGAACGGGCAAGUUUACUGCCCCAAGGAGCAGAACCAGCCGCCCCACCUCUGGAAGUCCUCUCUGCCGGACGUGGUUUCCCAUCCUUCAGAUGCCAACUCCUACAGGCGUGGGAGAAAGAAGCGAGUGCCUUAUACGAAAGUCCAAUUAAAAGAACUCGAAAGGGAAUAUGCUACAAAUAAAUUCAUUACCAAAGACAAGCGAAGGCGGAUAUCGGCCACUACAAAUCUCUCAGAGCGGCAGGUCACAAUCUGGUUCCAAAACAGAAGAGUGAAAGAGAAAAAAGUCAUCAACAAAUUGAAGACGCCAAGUUAAUGAGUUAAACGGGAAUGCAGCUUGCCCAGAGCUUUAAGAACUAUUUUUUUGUUCAUUAAAAUAAUAAUAAUAAUAAUUAAAAAGACAAGACAAUGAGCUUUUUCUUUCACAAGAACUCCAUGUCUUUGGAACUAUGACUUUUGAAAAAAGUAUGAGUAGUAGAAAUGCUUUUCAGAUUGACAAUUCCCUGAAAUCCCAAAAGAGGCUAUUUCAGUGACUGAUGAUUGAGUCCAAACGCCCAUCCCCAAAGCAGAAAAAGAUUCAGUGUCUGUUAUACACAUUUGUCAGAUAUGGUGUAAGUAUAACUAUGACUAUUCUGGGACACUAUUUAGGACUAUAAUUUGGAAAACUGCAAAAAAGGCAUUUUGUGUGAGAACACACACACACAAGCACGCUGACUGGUUGCUCAGGUAAACAUAGUGCUAAGUGUACAAUUACAAUAUGUUUAAGCAAUGCAUUCUAUGUUUUCUCUUUUUAAAAUGGCAGGUACUGAACAAAGCUUCCAAAAAUAUCAGUCAAUCAUGAAGGGAACUCUGGUCAGAACUACUAAGAGAGGCAACUAAAAGCAGCGUAGAUUUAUUGGGGAUGAAAAUGGCAUGUCCCUAGAUCAUUUUUCAGCAGAUGAUGUCUUGAUAAUCUUCUCAGUGGUCCACUCUUCCUCUGCAGUUUUGACACACCCACAGCAUUCAUCAGUGUUCAACCAGUGUACAUCCAAGGAACAGGCAUAUCGAAACAUGUUGCUUAGAUGCAAACAGCCACAUACAUGUUUGGGGAGAAACCAUUUUCUGGGGGAAACAAUGUCAAAAUAAUGCAUAAUAGGGUGGGGGAAACUGUUUUGUUCCCCUGAUAUGUUUUGAUUUUAAUGCUAUAUUUUGAUCUAUGAAUAAUUAGUGGGUUUUCCUUUUUUUCUACCAGGCCGCAUUAGAAAGUGUAGGAAUACAUUUUACAGCACUUUUUAAAACAAUCGGUUAUUUCAACCAGCACAUUAUUUUCUCCUGUUCACUAGAAGAUGCUAUCUUGUAAAUAGUUUUUAAAAAAUCAGCACACUGUGAAAAUGUAUUUGUGCACCCUUUUUUAUAUUUUUACUGUAAAUGAAAAUCUAAGAGCU